AUGCCUCCUGAAUCUGUACCUAAAAAAACCCUAGCAGAAGAAUUUAUGGAACGUUAUCUGAACUUGAAGAUUGAUCGUUCGACUGUGUCAAAAAUAUUAAAGAGAGCCGAUGGAUACCAAUUUCAGGAUGAUGUCGCUGAAACAACUUUUUAUCAUCAUUUGUUAGUAAAGGAAAAAGCCUGUCAAUUUGCACAAGCAUUUGUUAUACCUGAAGGGUCACUUACAUUUUCAAAUGGAUGGGCUACUAAAUUUAAGAAACGUAAUGGAAUAAGAAAAAUUACAAUGCACGGCGAAGCAACAAGUGCACCCUUGGAAAACUUGCUUGAGGAACGGAAAAAAUUAGUAACUGUACUACUUUACUCCAAUUCAACUGGUUCUCAUAAGUUUCGUCUGCUGGUCAUUGCAUGGAUGAGAAGUGAUAUUUGGGAACAAUGGUUACGUUAUAUAGAUGAUGGUUUUCGUAUUCAAGGCAAACAAGUCUUGCUUCUUGUUGAUAAUGCGGCAUCUCAUAAGACUCCAGGAACAAAUAAUUCAAGUGAAGUCCAGGAUGAUGAUGCAGAUGAAUCACUAUCUGAGAAUGAUUUCAAUGAUAAAAUUGAAGAACUUCAAGAAGAAUCACAAGGAAGAUCGCGAGAAAGACCACGAGGAAGACCACAAGGAAGGCCACAAGAAAGAUCACGAGGAUCCAAAAGAAGAACCAAUAUCACCCAUUCUAACCGAUCAAGACAAAUUCCAGGUCUUACAAAUGUUACUGUACAUUUUCUUCCACCAAAUAUGACUGCUCAUAUUCAGCUUAUGGAUGCUGGCAUUAUUAACAGUUUCAAAUCAAAAUAUAAAAAAUUGUAUUGUCGUCAUUUACUUACACAAUUUGAAAAAAAUGAAGAUCAAAGAUAA